UUAACUCAAAUGAAGGGAAAGGAAUAUGAGAAUGCCUUCUUCAAUAAUGUGUGUUCAUUUCUGAUUUGGUUGAAUUUGUGCCUUUUGAAUUAGGUAUCAUGGCUGAUCCCACACGCCGUAGUGGAGUUCGGUCGCUAGAAAUGCCAUCCCAUGAAAACACAGACACUCAGCCAUGGAAAUUUCGAAAAGGUGAUCGAACCCGGAGGAUAUGGAGUGCCCGAGAAGAGGAGAUAUUGGCUGCAUCAAUGGGAGGCAAUCGUCCAGCUACACGAGCCUGGCAAAAAUACUAGGCCGGAGUGGCGUGGGAUUCAAUUCGGAUGGGCAAUAUAUGAUUGAAUGCGAUGACGAUCAGUGGGAGACAAUCGUCCAGGCUGAUAAGGAUGCGAAGUUCAUGCGGGGCAAGUCAUGGCCGUUAUGGGAAACAUGGAAGGCCAUUUUUGGAAAGGAUCGUGCUAGCGGUGCAGGGGUAGAACAGGUUGAUGAUGCGGUGAAUCGUCUGCGUGGAAAUGGCCCAAGUGGUAGCGAGGUCAAUGAGAACGAGUUCCCAGGCUUUGAGGACCAUGAUUCCGACAACGUGGUUCAUCUAUCACAGGCGUCGGGAUUUGAAGGCUACAGCUCCGGUAACAAUGGCAAACAAACUUCCAUCAACAAGUCCGGCGGGAGUCAGAAGCGCAAACACGAUGGAGCCGAUGCAGCACUUAUGGAAUUCCUCUCAAAUCUGCAUACUGAGACAAACGUUCGGCUCGAGGUGAUUUCAUCGAGAAUGGGCUAUGAAUUCAAUCUUGGAAAGGCUAAGCAAGAUGUUUUCGACAAGCUGGAAACUGUGCAAGGCCUCACGCUCGAUCAACGGUACGAACUGUGCAACAUCUUAAGCGACAAGCCGCAACGGCUUGAGGUAUUCAUGGGAAUGAGAGCUAGCGCUCGUCUUGGAUAGCUGUUGAAGCUUAUCGAGGAGAAUCAGAAAGUAAUGUGAAAGGAGAUUAAUGUGAAUGAGAGCUAGCGCUCGUCUUGGAUAGCUCGUCUUGAACUGCUGCCUUUCUCGCUUGGGCCAAACUGAUGCAUAGCGUGCAUUAGAUCGAAAACACAUAUUUUGGAUGUAGCUAGUGUGUAUUAGGAUAUGAACCUUUGUUGACUAUGUGCUCUAUCGAGCAGUUUGUACAGCUCAUAUUGUAUGAAGUGAUGCGUAUGCUAUACUUAAG